GGAUAUUGGAGAAUUGAACAUAAUGAUCCUUUGCUAUCAAGUUUUCACAUGUUGACUUGUCAGUGGCACUUCCUAGGUGCCUCAGUGCAGAUUUAUGGAUGUCAGCAGUUAACAUUUUGUGUAGUGCCAAAUACUUUGAAAUAGACAGGUCCAAACCAUGAACUACGUUGGACAGUUAGCAGGGCAAGUGUUUGUAACUGUGAAGGAGCUCUACAAGGGACUAAACCCAGCCACGCUGUCGGGAUGUAUUGAUGUAAUUGUUGUACGUCAGCCAGAUGGAAAUCUUCAGUGUUCUCCUUUCCAUGUCCGCUUUGGGAAAAUGGGAGUUCUGCGUUCCAGGGAGAAAGUGGUUGACAUAGAAAUCAACGGAGAGGCUGUAGAUCUGCACAUGAAACUAGGAGACAAUGGAGAAGCCUUUUUUGUCCAGGAGAUGGAUAAUGAUCAGGUAAGAAUCAAAAUUCCAGUUAGUUAAAACACAGUGCUUACU